AUGAUUACUAAUCGAUCAUAAAAAAAACUACUAAACUACAGUCCACUCCCAAUUGUAAAAUCAGAAUCCCUUUUUAAAGACAUAUCUCGAUUAGAUGAAUAAAUAUCUUUUUUCAACUCUUACAUCCAAAAAUAUAAAACAGAUAAAAAAAAAAGAAAAGUUCCAUUUUAAUGUUCUACUCCAUUAAGAAUUCAAGCUAUUAAACUUAAUCUUAGUUUUAACAAAACAACUUCAAAUAAAUCACCAUUAAGUAGGAAAUUAAUUACAAAUGAAUAAUCUCAUUUAAUUACUGGAAAAAAGACAAAAUAAAAUGAUGAAUUGUAUAACCGAACUAAAAAUUCAAUUUCGAGAUGGGAAGAACGAUUAGAUUAAAAUGAAUCCUUUUUUUUAUACCAUAUUUGA